CAAAAACAUAGAUGUACCAACACUCAAACACUUAACACUUAUACACACACACGCACACAAACAAACAAACACACAUACAUAAAUACAUACAUACAUACAUACAUACAUACAUACAUACAUACAUACAUACAUACAUACAUACAUACAUACGACCCAUGGCUUUUUGAUGUUAUGAUUCUCUGCCCCAAAGAAAGACCCACUGUCACUAUCGCCAAUUCCUUUCCAGGGACCAGUAUUAGUGACUACAACCCAAUGACAGUACCUUGGAAAUAAGAUUCAGGAUUUUCUAAAAUGAUUGCCCUUUAUCUUUGGUCCCCGUAUCCUUAAGACUGUGGUUACACCGACUAGAAAUAGCGGCCAAAACACCUUCCAAUCACACGACUGUCCUAAACAAAAGGGCACCAGAACAUCAUGACACAUCACAACUGGUUUAAUCACCAAACUUAAUAACUGGCUGAGUUUUUCCAAGAUUUAUUAUCACAGACUAAAACAAAUAAACAAUUGACUCCACUAAACUUUAUUGAGCUCAGAUUAUUGAGUUUUAAAAACGACACACAGAAAUAUUGAAGAAAGCUCUUUAUUUUUGUAUUAUUACACAUUGACAAAUUCACAAAUCGAUACACUCAUGCUUACAUGUCUACAGUGACAAACAGAUACAUCCACAAACAUACACACACGCAUAUAUCUUUACUGACAACAUAUACACAUAUAGACACACACAGCAUAUAGUAUGAAAUAAAGGAAAUAUAUUUAUUCUGUACCAAAAUCACAAGACUGCAAACAGACUCUGAAAUACCCCAGUUGUCAUACGUCUUAGAAAUUUGCUCUGUUGGCGGUGAAAAAUGGAUGAUACAUUCAGCCAUGGUUAUUGUCAAAUGAAGGACUCUCCAGUCGACCACCGGAAAGCUGAAGGGUCAUUUAGACCCCAGACAGCUAAGGAGAAAAUGAAACCACCCAGGGAUCCUUGCAGUUGUAUUUACCUUGCUCUUGUGAUGUCAGGAGCUGGAUUCCUGCUGCCGUACAACAGUUUUAUUACAGCUGUUGAUUAUUAUCAGGACCGAUUCCCCAGGACAACCAUUGAAUUUGACAUGAGUCUCACCUAUAUUGUGGUUGCUUUCUUCAGCGUAGUCGCUACAAACGUGCUUGUCGAAACAUUCAGCUUGAAACUCCGGAUUACAUUUGGUUACAUUGUGGCAUUUUCAGUGUUGCUGCUAGUUACCAUCUGCGACAUUUGGCUGGAAAUGUUUUCCAAAGAAACAUCAUAUGGCAUCACCCUAAUGGCAGUCGGUAUGGUAGCUGUUGGAUCAACAAUUCAACAAUCCAGUUUCUAUGGUUACACCAGUAUGCUACCUCAUCGUUACACACAAGCUGUCAUGACAGGAGAAAGUGCAGCAGGUUUAGUCAUCUCAAGCAAUCGUAUCCUCACAAAAGCCCUGCUACACAACCAGAGAACAAACACGAUCAUCUUCUUCACAAUUUCACUGACAAUCGUCUGCCUCUGUUUCGUCCUGUUCCAUGUGGUGCGACGCAGUCAGUUUGUACGUUAUUAUGUCAGCCAAUGUGAGAUGGCCGGUGUGGCAGAAGAACAGCGAGGAAUUGCCAACCCUAAUCCAGCAUCUGGUCCCUUCACCGAGGAAGUAAGCUUAGUGGACAUAAUGGACCACACUGGUCAACGAGGUAGUUACGGCGUUCUGGUGAUUCAGAGUCCAACAUCUGCCAGCAUACAGCAGGAGUUCCUGACAGGAUCAGCACCUGUGACCCCUACAACACCAACCAAUCCAGAAAUAAAACCAGCCACAGCAACAGAACUGACUAAAAUCAAUGAACAAGAGGUCAAAUAUAAAGGUCACAUUUACAAAGUUCAAGUUCCGAAAAUGUCAUCAGUUAAAAGAGCCCUGUUAUUGCGGUGGGAAGCAACAAAAUGUGUCUGGCCUUAUAUGAUUUCUCUUGGAAUGGCUUAUUUUGUAACCUUGCUUCUGUUUCCCGGUGUUGAAUCUCAAAUCAUCAGCUGUCGACUCCGAAGCUGGACACCAGUCAUUCUAAUGGCUAUAUUUAAUUUAUUUGAUUUCAUUGGCAAAGUAAUUGCUGCGAUUCCUUAUGACUGGCCCCGAGGUCGUCUUAUCCUGUUUACUUGUUUCCGAAUUCUCUUGGUUCCCAUGAUGAUGAUGUGUGUCCUGCCAGUACACAAACCAACACUAAAUGGUGAGGGAUAUGCUGUCUUAGCGUCUCUCUUAUUAGGGGUCACCAAUGGAUAUUUUGGCAGUGUUCCCAUGAUCUUGGCACCAAUGAAAGUCUCCAGUGAGAAAAAGGAAAUCACAGGUAACAUCAUGAUGUUUUCCUACAGCAUUGGAAUGACUACCGGCAGCAUUGGGGCCUACAUCCUUGACUACUUCAUCGGUGCCAACUCGGUGGAGUCGAUUUGCAACGCAGCUGUCCACCCCCACCAUCCUGCCCUCACCAACAUUGCGGGACACCACAUGGCACCGUCAAUACCAGCCUCUUUGAAUGCUACAAGCAUUCUAUCAAACUUUACUAACCUCUCCGUCAACUAGCGCAAGAUGGGUCUCUUCACUGGCAUAAGGCACAGAUUGUGAAGCCAAACAGAACAAGGGAGAAGCUUUUCUUAUUUAAUCAAACUUCUAUGUAUAUCUUUGGUUUAUUUACAUAUAGCAUUAAUACAGCAUGUGAGGGUGUGUGUUUGUGUGUGUGAGAGAGAGAGAGAGUAUGUGAACUUGUGUGUGUGUGUGUGUGUAUAAAUAUAUAUAUAUGUAUAUAUCAUAUAUAUGCAUGCAUAUUUACAUAUACACAUCCAUAUAAUUCACAUAAAGCUAAUAUCCAAAUACACACACACACACACACACAUGUAUGCAUGUAUGUAUGUAUAUAUAUGUGUGUGUGUAUGUAUGUAUGUAUGUAUAUAUGUAAUAUGUUUAUUUUUAAACAAGAAUAUUGUUGACAGUGUGGCUUCAAAGUUUCAACUAGUUGAGCUAUCAUCAGAUGAUUGUUUAACUGGACAAAACUUCGAAGUUACUGUCAACAACAUUUUUGUUGGAGAAUAAACUUGUACUUGACAAACGUAUAGGGUAACUGCUCAGAUUAAUGUAAAAUCGUCUUUAUUGUAACUAAGCCUAAGAACAAACACACACACACACACGCACACAUAAUGGAUUAAAGCAUAUCAAAAAUACAUAUAAUGGAUGCAGGCAAUUAUAUAUAUAUAUGUAAUAUAUAUGUAUAUAAUUUUUGAAUAUGUGUGUAUGUAUUAUGUAUUAAAUAUUAUUUUGAAUAUAUAUAUAUAUAUAUAUAUGUAUGUAUAUUUGUGUGUAGAUCUCUCUCUCUCACUCUCUCUCUCUCUCUCUUUCUCUCUCUCUCUCUCUCUCUCUCUCUCUACAUAUAUAUAUAUAUAUAUAUAUGUUUGUGUGUGUGUACAGAGAGAGAGAGAAAGAGAUAUGCAUACAUAUAGAUACAUAUAUACACACACACAUAUGCAUUAUAAACAACUGCUGAAUUAGCCUGCAUUUUCAAUAAGGACUCAGUAAAUAUAGACUAUAGAAGCAGAGAAUAAAUAUAAUUUAUUUAAAUCAAUCUCCAUGGAUCUCAUUGAUUAGAAGGAAGUUUUGGUUGGAUAAGUAGCUUUUAAAGAAAUUGUUUAUGAUAAAUUAUAUCUAAAUUUA